CGUGUGGCGAGUCACCUGAGGGAGGUGAUAAGAGACGAUGUUGGUACUGAUAUCUUCGCGAUCUGGUGAGGGAUUUUCGUUGGUGAGGUAGUUUUUUUCGGUGUGUUUUUACUGAUAUGUGCGGGGGAUGUUUUGGGGUUGGUCGUGGUGGUCGUCGUAGGUGACGGUAUUUGGUUGGUGGUACUGCGUGUGAUGGAGGAGAAUUGCACGAUGCGGCCGAGCGGUACGGACUUUAGCAUCGCGGCGAUCAUGUCAAGGCACGGGAGGGCAGCAAGGAACAGUAAUAAGUGCGGGAGUAGGGAGAGAGAGGCUGAUAGUGCAUCCCCUGUCGAUAAAUUUAUCGAUUCUUCUUCGACUUCGGUACCGUCACCUCCAGAAGGAGGUGGUCUGAGCUGUACCGCGAUCCAGACCGACGCAGAGAGUGGCAGGGAUUCACCAGUUGACGUGUCUUCGACUUCUGAGUCCAGCACACCUUCACAAUCUUUCGCCGAUUCUAGAUCUUCGACGAAAAAUCCUCUGUUGCAAGAGAAAUGGACUAGCGAAGAUCUUCGACAAGUCACCUGUCAUUUGGAAACCAAAGAUCUUUGGGAUAAGUUUAAUGAAUUGGGAACGGAAAUGAUCAUAACUAAAACAGGCAGGAGAAUGUUUCCUACAGUUCGGAUAUCUUUUGGUGGUAUCAGAUCUGACCAAAAGUACGCAGUUCUGCUAGACAUAGUACCGGUAGAUAACAAAAGAUACAGGUACGCCUACCACAGGUCUUCGUGGUUGGUUGCUGGAAAGGCAGAUCCUCCUGCUCCUAGAAGGAUAUAUGCUCACCCUGACUCACCUUACAAUGGUGAGCAGCUCAGGAAGCAAGUGGUGUCUUUUGAGAAAGUCAAGCUGACGAAUAACGAAAUGGAUAAACAUGGACAUUUGGUCUUGAACUCGAUGCACAAGUACCAGCCGAGGAUCCACCUAGUCAAACGGCCCGAGGGUAGUUCCGGAAACGUGACUGAUCUAGAAAACGAAGAGUACAAAACGUUUAUUUUUCCCGAAACUAUCUUCACGGCGGUGACGGCCUACCAGAACCAGUUGAUCACGAAGCUGAAGAUCGACAGCAACCCAUUUGCUAAAGGAUUCCGAGACUCAUCGCGACUGACAGAAUUCGAAAGUUUUUCUUACAGAGAGACCAUGGAGUCCAUGCUGGCGGAACAGCACUACUUUCGCUCCCCCUUACGACCGUUCGGCGAACUAGACACCCACAACAACAACCUCUCCUUAGAAGAAAAAGCCAUCCUCGCAGCCAGAUCUCAGCUGUUCCUCCGAGCUGCAGCUGCCGCGGCUGGACCUUACGCUCCCCUCAUGGGCACACUCUACGGAGCAGGAGUCACCUCCCAAACACCUCCAAUGAACCCUGUAGUCCUUUGGAACCAAUGGGCUGGUUUGGGACCUUCACUGUUAGCUGCGCAGCAUCAGCAUCAACUGUUGGCUGUAGCCAGUGGGAGUGGUAGUGGUUCUCAACAGCAAAUCAGUGCUCAGUUGGGUGGGAGUAUGAAUUCUACGUUGGCUAGACCUCUUGCGCAGCAUAGGUUUAGUCCGUACGCACCUCCGUCGAGGAGUAGUCCAGAUACAAGCUUGAGAGACGAUAGGGAUAGUCCUAGUAGCCCUUCUUAGGGUAUUGGUGUUGUUGGAAGUUUAGGGUGUUUGAUAAGUGUGAUGAAUUUUGUUUUUAAGUUAUUGUAAGUGAUUUGUUGAAGCUUAAAGAAACUUAAUUUAACUCUGUAACCUUUAUUAACAAAAUUCAUCUUUACUUAUUAGAUCAGCCUUUUUAAGGAGACACAAUGUGAUAUAUUGUAAUAUUUGAGUAUUAUAAAUAAAUAAAAUUAUUGUUUUUCAAUAAAAAAAUAUGGAAUUUGCUAAAUUUAAAAUUUAGUCUAUUUUAUGAAUGUGGAUCAUGAUUUUUUUAGUUUUAAGGACUCUAAAAAGAAUGUAUUAUUUAUUUUAAGUUAUUACUUAUUUAAUUUAUGGCCGGAACCCAAUAUUUUACGAUUGUAAAAAACUAUACGAAAUAUAGAUAAAGAAUAAUGGUUUAACACUUGUCAUAUUUCAAAUUCUUUAAGUUAUAUAGCUUUUGGUAUCACUAUUUAAGGAUAAUAGCAUAUGCAAAAAACUUUCCACGAUUAUGUAUACCUUAUCAUUUUUUUGGGUAUAAUUUCCAUAUAACAAGCUAUAGUUCAUACCAAAAAAUAAACUUUUAGUCACGUGAUUAAGCUUGACCGCCACAUUGUUGCCCCCUUUUGCAUAUUUUCUUUUAAUCAAAAUAUUUUAGGAAACAAAAAUAAAACAAUCCUAAAUAUAUAAACAGUUACUA